AUGAAUGAUUCUAUGGGAUCUCUGUCAACUAAUGAUUCCUAGGAGGGACAAGAGAGAAAAAAAAAGAAAAGCAAUGUGAUACUCAAAAAGACAGUCCGACCAAUAAAUAUUAGUUAUAAUGAAGUUGUUCAAUUGCUUAAUCCAUAAAAUUUGUUUAUUAACAAAAAUUUAGAAGAAUAAUUCAAUGUCAUUCAAAUAGUACAUGAAACUUCAUAUUUUCCUUACUUUAAAUUUAUUUUUGAUGAAAAUUUAGUAUUUUCAGAAAGAAAAUGGGAUCGUUUACCCACAAUGAUCAGAUUAACGUCAUGA